AUGCAGCUGCAGCAAAUUUCUUUAGUGAAAUCUGACUUGGCAAACUCUUACAAUGCACAAAGUAACUCAGAACUAUUAAAUGACUUUACAAGAAUAACCGCAGAACCCACAUACGCGUACAGGGUCUCCGGCACCCGGCCGGGGAAGGAAUCGCCGCUGCAGCCGCCGCUCGGUCCCGCCGGGCCAGUGGGUACGGGCGGUGCCCGCCACCGCCCCGCAGCCCCGGGGACCCGCACCCGCCCCCCGCCGCAACAGGCGGCCGGACCCCGCCGCCCCCUCCCCGCUGCUCCCCACGCCCCGGAGGGCUGCGGCCGGAGGUCGCCAAGGUCGACGCCCGUAACCUUCAGGGAGCGGCCACCGGGCCCCCGCAGGAGGUUCGGGGCGCCGCCCGCCCGUCCCCACACCCUGGGGAGGGGCCGGCAGGCGCACACGGCCGGCCGGGGGGCGGCGGGGCGGCAGGGCGGCAGCCGCACCCCGACACCAAGCCCCGACACCAAGCCCCGAGCGGCGCAGAGCGCCGGGCGCGGAGCCGCCGUAAGCCGCCGCCCGCACGGCGGCUUCCCCGACGCCGGAGAGCUGCCCCGGCACGGGCGGAGCCGGUUCCCUGCGUUCCCCCCGGCCCCGGCGGCCGCGGUGGCGGCGGCCUCACCCCGGCCCGGCCCGCGCGCCCCCGGCUCACCUGCGGCGGUGGUGCCGGCGGCGCGCGCUCCGCUGCCCGCCCGAGGAGCGCGCGGGGAGGGGCGGGGCGCGCGAGGUGAGGCCCUGGCGCCGCCCCCGCGCGCACGGCCGGCGGCGCGCGCGGCCCCGGGCGGAGGGCGGGCCCGGCCGGGCCGGGGCGGGCCGGGGCGGAGAGCGCCGCCGCAGGAGCCGCAGCGUCGACACCGGGCGCGGCCCCGCCGCCCCCGCUCCGCGGGCGGGGCGCGGUGUCAAGAGCCGAGGCGCGCAAGCGCAGUGCCGGCCAAGGCUGAGCGGAGCGGGGCGGGUGGGCCCGGGUCACCGGUGCGCGCGCGGGCGGGCCCGGUCCCGGAAGGAGACGACUGCUUCCGUCGGAGGCGCGUACUGGAAGGCCUCAAUGAGCUCUUCCCAGAACCUUCUCUACUCCAGGCUGAACAACCUGAGCUCUCUCAGUCUGUCUUUAACAGCUAUUAUGCAGACCAGAACAUUUUGACAUGUUUUUCAGGUGUUCUGACAGCUAUUUCUACCAAUGCUUUAAUGGAACAGUUGCGUUUAAAAUAUCAACAAAGGCCAUGGACUGAAACUCUAAAACUUGUUUAUUUUUGCAUGGGUAACCCACAUCGAAAGCCUGUCAGUAAUGCUCCAGAUGGUCUAUUGCUUUCCUGCAUGGAGAAGAUAGAGAGGACAUUAAAUGCUAAAUCCAUGUUUUCUGUGAUGAAUACAUUGGAACUUUUAUCCAGACAAAAAGGACUUACUGUUCAUGUUAGCCCCAGUGGAACUGCCUGCUACAUAACAUCAAUGAUGUUUUAUGUAGAAAUUCAGCUGGAGAAGGAUGGAGAUGUGAUGGAUGUAAAGCUGGCUCACUUUGAAGAAGCUCCUGUGGUUUGUGAUGACUUGGUCCAGCUACUAAGGAUGAAGAACUAUGAUGCCUUUGGCAAGAUUCUAGAAGACCUGUCAAAUAUGUAUCAAAUUCCAGGAAACAGCGAAAUGAAAGCUAAGGUAUAUCUUGCUUUGCAGGCCCUUGAAAAAGAUCUUUAUUCAAUGUCUCUUCUGGACAGAACACAGGAUCUAAACAGAGUUACUGAAGUACUUAAUGGAAAAGUAGGACACCUGGUGCCAAGAACUGGAGGAACCCCAAUGAACAUUGAAUUUUACAUUUCUCCCUAUCAAGUUUUGGAAGCAGAACUAAAUCAUGGUUCCCAGGUAUGUGGAACAAAAACAGUUGUAACUGUUGAAGGCAUGGAUACACUCCACAAACUGCCUCUUUCUCCAUUAAUUGUAGAUCCUCAAGCUGGAGAGGACAGCAGCCUUGUUUUUUUGCAACUGAAUGAUGAACUCAGCAUGGAUUUGCCAGCUCUUUUUGUUCUGAAGUUUCAUCAACCUGUUCCAAUGUCUUCAUCCAGUAUAGAAGAGAUACAGAGGCUCACAGGAAUUCAGAUUUCUGGCUUGAAACUAGCUCCACUGUAUGAGCUAAUUGUUCACGCUACUCUUAAAGAAAAAUGCAGUGAAGACUUGUCUACAAAUAAAUCUUGUUUCUUUGUGUCUCUUCCAGAUUGCCCAGAGCACUGUUACUUCAUAAACAAGGGUUCAGAAAAAUCUGAUUUAGCAGGAGCUUUGGUCAGUAAAAUCCCAUUUAGCCAUCCAAAGUGUGUGCCUAGCGUAAUAGAGAUUCUUCGACAUCAAGUGGCAUAUAACACUCUUAUUAGCAGCUGUGUCUCUGAGAAGCAUAUAAAUGAAGAUGAUUCAGAACUGCUUUACUUUGAAGUGGUACCACACAAGAACACCAGCUUUUCUGUCUUUUUCCUUCAUCCUGUGAAAGAGAAUUUAGCCUGUGGUAUGUGUGGAAUAACUGCUACUGUCCUCUUUACUGAGCUGACAAGGGACUUGGUUCUAUCUAGGCUCUUGCACUGUUUCUCAGUUACAAACAUUCUAAGGGCCACUCAAAAGUCUGCAGCCCAUGAAAAACACCAAGUGUAUACACUUGUAUAUAAACUCCUUACUAGAAGGCGCUCUGUACUCAGAAUAAUACAGGAAGUAAAUGCAAAUAUUCAAGUCCUGUUUUGUCUUGGCCUGCCUUUAAUUAAUAAAUUGUAACUUCCACUAUUUCUGAUUUAAUUAUAUUAAGGAAAAGCAAGUAAUGCAAAUAUAUUGCUGCAAACCUCUUUCCACUGAUUUCAGUCUUACAUCUCUUCAAGCAUCAAAAUGAAAGGAUGGUUUUCAAUGUUUGUAAGUAUUUAAAAAAAAAACAUUUUUCUGUUCUGUUCCUUCUUAGUGGUAGUUGAUGUUAUAAGCUCUAGAGAAGUCCAAUGUCACCUUCAUUUAAAUCCUCAAGAUCCAACUCUAAAUUCUAGUGAUGACUUCAUAGCAAGAGUUGUGAAACGGUAAGUACUUUUAUUUUAUAACAGUUGGAAUGAACAUCAGAUGUCCAUUUAAUGGUAAUAUCAUGUGCGUUCAUAAUGCCAUAAACUCAGCAACUGGAAAACUUCACUUUAGUAAAAUGCUGUAAUACAAUAGUGGGAAUAAGUUACUUCAGUGUCUUAAAUAGCUCUUUCAAAAAUUUUGAACAUUCACAGUGAUGAAGUGUUUCUAGUAGAAAGCAUGUGGAAGCAGGGAAAGACUACUGAGUGAAGAGUUUUACCUUGUAAAAAGAUGCUUUUCUGAAGACUCUAGCUGAUGACAGUCUCAUGUCUAGCAUAACUUAGCAUGGAAGUUGUUUUUACACAUCUACCUAACAGCAAUCAGUGUUUCUCUUCAGAAAGUGAGUUGUAUAUGGCAUGUCUACAACACUGUCUCUCGCUUGUUUUCUGAACAGAUUCCAAAAGAGCAAGUUGUUGCGAUACAUGAGUAUAGGCUAGACAAACUGACUCAGAACAUAGUCUAAGAGCACUAAUUGAUUUGGCAUAAGCUAGUAUACAGCUAUCAUCUGCUGUUUGAUGACAACAAAAUCAAUGCAGGCUGGAUUUUGAACAUGAUUUUAAACUAGGCACUAUUUUUGGAACCAGGUAAAGAAUGUGAAAACACCUCUUCCAGUAUAGUGUUUUAGAAAAGAUAUGUUCUGUACCUGUGUUACACAAAACAUGAAGGUUAAAAUUAUAAAACUCAACAAGAAUUAAUAUAUUUCAAUAUUCUUAAUUUUGGUUUUCACUAGAAGCACCCUUAUGACUUUUUUUUUUUUGACCAGACCCUCCCACUCUUUCAGUCAAAGCUGCCUUGCACACCCAACUUCAAAGAUUCAGCACUAGAUUUCAGUGUGUUAACAUGUAUUUCUGGUACAGCACAUGUAGUUUAUAUUAUGGUUACAAUGUAACACCAGGUUGUACAAGACAAAACCAGAAAGGAAGUAAUGGUGGUUUUCAUUCAGGUGCCAGCCACAGUGUAAAAAACAGAAGUACUUUAAGGAAUGAAUGAAGUCAGUAGUAGUGACUAAUGUGUCAUUUCCUUCUUCAGUUGCAUGUCAGUCCCAGUUGCCAUGAGAGCUCUUUUCAGGAAUGCUGCCAAGGUGAAAGCUGACAGUGAAACACAACACAUGGACAUGGAACAACCUGAACCACAAUCGGAGCAAACUACAGAUUCUAACAUUCUCAAAGAAAGUCUUUCUGGGGCUGGUCAGCAAGACUGGACAGUGACAGAUAAGCCAAAUAAUACAGACAGCACAGAAGAAAAUUUCUCUACAGCCAAACUGGAAACUCUGGGUGAUAACAUGGAAAAAAAGUAACCUCUCACUAUGCACUGAAACUUCGUGGAGGAAAGUAAUUCCAUAGCUGGUAGAGAAGUGUUAUGAUAGACAAAAACCUGAUGGCUUUACAAACAACAACAAAAAAAGGUCUGCUUAGUAAUUUGUGAAUUGUAUCUCCUCUAUGCAAACUUUUACAUAUGGGAAAGUAGUUCCCUUGAAUCUGCAUUUUUCAACAUCCAAAUUUCUAAAGUCUAAAACUGUUCUAUUAUUUUGUCUUGUUACUGAAAACCUCAAAAAUUGUCUUGGUAAAUAAGAUUCCCUCUAACACUGUCUUUUUUAUUGUUAGAAGGGAAGGCAUUACUUUAUUCUGGGUCAAGAGAUGUCUGUGGCUGACAAAGUUCCAGCCUCACUGUUGACCCUGAUACAAAACUCUUUCACUUAUUUAUGCAUUUUUAGCGAGCAAAGACAUUAAUGUUCAUUGGUUUAAUUAGUAUUCUAUACCCUGCUAGUUAUUGAUUUCUUUCUCUUCAUGCUAAUCUGGUCCUCAUCCUUUUAUAUUUUUCUCAGACAGUCUCCAACUUUCCAAGCCUUAAUCUCCUCUAUAUCUUCCGGUUACUCUAAUGUCCUUGAGUGGCCAUAAAUUUAAGAUCCCAGAUGCCAAAUCUUCUAAUUCCUUUGGCUUUGUUUAUUGCAGAUUGUUACACUUAGUUUUAACAAACUUAAGGUUUCAGUGAUUUAAUGAUCAUAGUAGGUCUGUGAAGAAACUUAACUGGUGUUGGCUAAAAGUGGGCACUGCUUACAACUGGUUAAAACAACUACUUAAAAAUUAGUUAGGUAAGUUAUAUAACUUCCAACACUGUCUGCACCAUAUAUACUAUCAGACUAUGGAAAAAAUCUGUGUCUAAC